AUGAAAAAUAUCGGUCUAUUACUUCUACUUACAUGUAUCAUUCAAGUUCAAGGUGUUCUUUUCGAAGCGACAUCACCAGGAACGAAACUUGAUUGUGCCGCAUAUGCAAAUGACCAAGAAAUUUUGGCUACAUUUCCGUUUUCUAUUCCAUUUUUACCAUGGACUGAUUAUUCACCAACUGAAUAUGAUAAGACAUCUGGUCGUUGGGAUUUUUUCCAAAGAGUUUACGAACUGGUCAUUGUCAAUGAAAACUUUAUUCCAUCGACAAUAUUCUGUUUACGUUCAUUACAAAAUCUUUACAUUCGUAAUAGCAGUUUUUAUACUGAUAAUCAUGAUAUUAAUACGAAUUUUCCACUACCAAUUAGUACCGGCCAUUCGGUAUAUUCGCUUACAAGUUUAAGAAUAUAUGAUACUCCUGUAACUUAUUUACCAGAAGAAUUCGGUAGUUUAUUCAAUUUAGAAACACUCGAAUUAUCGAAUACAGGUCUUAUAUCUCUCCCUGAUAAUAUUGGUCGAUUAACUUCAUUAAAUCAUUUAUCAUUAAUUCAUCAACAACUAUCAAUAUUACCAAAAACUCUUGUGAACCUUGAAAGAUUAUUUUAUUUGGAAAUAUCACAUAAUCCAAAACUUCAUUCACUAGAAUCGCUCAAUGGUCAUCGAAGUAUUGGUAUAUUGAUUGUCAAUCAUUGUGAAAUCGAAUAUCUUCCCGAUGAUUUACCGAAUUUAUCCCAAUUAUAUUUAUCAUAUAAUAAAUUAACAGAUCUUGAUGGUAUUGGAAAUUUGGGUUAUAGUACUGAAUUAAAGAAAAUAUUCUACUUUGAUAAUAAUCAAAUUCAAUCAAUUUCAACAGGAAUUCGAAAUGUGAAAAAUUUACAUACAUUGAAUUUGGCUAGAAAUGAAUUGACAAAAUUACCAUCAGUUAUCUUCAAUAUUUCUACAAUGAGAUAUUUAGAUAUCAAAGAUAAUGACUUUAAUAAGUUUGAUCAUUUACAAAAUAAUACUAUGCAAAAGUUGGUUUUAUUACUGGUGCUUUCAUAUAUCAUUGGAAUACAAGGAACGGUCCUCGAAAAGACACAAGCAGGAACGACACUUGAUUGUUCUGCAUAUGCAAAUGACCAAGAAAUUUUGGCUACAUUUCCAUUUUCUGUUCCAUAUCUAACAUGGCAAGAUCAAUCUUCAAAUACUUUUGCUCGAUUAGGCUCAGAUGAUCAUGUUGUAUAUUUACAAAUUUCAAAUGAAAAAUUUGUGCCAUCAACAGUGUUGUGCUUAAGUAACUUACAAACAUUUCUUAUUCGAAAUACAAGUUUAUCGCAAUUAACAUUGGAUAAUAAUUCAAUUCAACGUUUGGGAUCGAGUUUAUACAAUCUCGGUAUUUUCGAUACACCAAUCAGUCAUUUACCAAAAGAAAUUGGUAACUUAACACGUUUAAUGACACUUACAUUAUCCAAUAAUGGUCUUGUUGAAUUACCAGAUACAAUUGAACAUUUAGGAUGGUUACUUGAAUUACAUUUAUCAUAUCAAAAAUUAACUUCAUUACCUUUAACAAUAUCCAAAUUACACUCAUUAUUAACUGUUGAAUUAUUAUAUAAUCCAAAUCUUCAUUCAGUACAAUCAUUGAAUAAUCUUCCUAACCUAUCAAAUUUAUUCGUUAGCCAUUCUUCAGUCGAUAAUCUUCCUCGAAAUUUGCCACAAUUAUAUGAAUUAUAUAUGUCUUACAAUAAUUUAACUGAUCUUAAUGGGAUUGAGACUUUAGGUAAUGGUAAUUCAUAUACAAAGUCAUUUUAUUUCAAUAAUAAUCAUAUUAAAUCAAUUCCAUCGGAGAUUUCCCAAAUAAACAAUCUAUUUACAUUGAAUGUUGCUCAUAAUGAAUUAACCAAUAUCCCAAAAGAAUUAUUCGAUUCUAAAACACUUCGAAAUUUAGAUGUCACUCAUAAUUUAUUUCCAAGUACAAUAUUACAUGACAUUGAUGAGAAAUUCAAAGUUAAUAAAGCAAUUUUCACAUAUUCUAUCUGA